AUGAAGGCUUCCCCAAUGCCAAGCCCUUCAUCGUUUAGAAUUUCAGAUCUGAUAGAAACCAGAGGCAAACCCAAAUUCUUUGAAGCUCUUCUAAGUUCUCUCUCACCUCACUUCCAAGAUGCAGAUCUUCGUGAAAACCCUCACAGGCAAGACCAUCACCCCCGAGGCAAACCCAAAUUCUUUGAAGCUCUUCUAAGUUCUCUCUCACCUCACUUCCAAGGCAAGACCAUCACCCUCGAGGUUGAAAGCUCUGACACCAUUGACAAUGUCAAAGCCAAGAUCCAGGACAAGGAAGGCAUUCCCCCAGACCAGCAGAGGCUGAUAUUUGCUGGCAAGCAGCUUGAGGAUGGCCGCACCCUCGCCGAUUACAACAUCCAGAAGGAGUCCACCCUCCACUUGGUGCUUCGUCUGCGUGGUGGUAUGCAAAUCUUUGUCAAGACCCUUACCGGGAAGACAAUCACCUUGGAAGUUGAAAGCUCGGAUACCAUUGACAAUGUCAAGGCAAAGAUCCAGGACAAGGAGGGCAUUCCCCCAGACCAGCAGAGGCUCAUCUUUGCUGGAAAGCAGCUUGAGGAUGGUCGCACCCUUGCCGACUACAACAUCCAGAAGGAGUCCACCCUUCACUUGGUACUUCGACUCCGUGGUGGUAUGCAAAUCUUUGUCAAGACCCUUACUGGCAAGACAAUCACCUUGGAAGUUGAAAGCUCGGAUACCAUUGACAAUGUCAAGGCAAAGAUCCAGGACAAGGAGGGCAUUCCCCCAGACCAGCAGAGGCUCAUCUUCGCUGGUAAGCAGCUUGAGGAUGGACGCACCCUUGCUGACUAUAACAUCCAAAAAGAAUCGACUCUGCACUUGGUGCUCCGGCUGCGUGGUGGUAUGCAGAUCUUUGUGAAAACUCUGACCGGGAAAACCAUUACUCUGGAAGUGGAAAGCUCUGAUACUAUUGAUAAUGUGAAGGCCAAAAUCCAGGACAAGGAGGGUAUUCCCCCAGACCAGCAGAGGUUGAUCUUUGCAGGAAAGCAGCUUGAGGACGGAAGGACCCUUGCUGACUACAACAUUCAAAAGGAGUCCACUCUGCACUUGGUGCUUCGACUGCGUGGUGGGAUGCAGAUCUUUGUGAAGACUCUGACUGGCAAGACCAUAACAUUGGAGGUGGAGAGUUCGGAUACAAUUGAUAAUGUGAAGGCCAAGAUUCAGGACAAGGAGGGCAUUCCUCCAGACCAGCAGAGGCUCAUCUUUGCCGGUAAGCAGCUUGAGGAUGGGAGGACUCUUGCAGAUUACAACAUUCAGAAGGAGUCUACCCUUCACCUUGUCCUUCGUCUCCGUGGCGGUUUCUGA